CCCUGACUAUAAAAUGGGCUUAAAGAGACGCGGGAUCUCAGCCGCGCUGCACAGAGCCCGGCAGGCAGGCGUGUGUCGAAGGGGGCGGGAGCCCAGCCGCCGUCAAGAUGCUCCACUCCCUCGGCGUUCACACCUUGCAGCUGCUCACCCAGGUCGCUGCCUGCAUCCUCCUGUUCCCCCGCUUCCUGCUCACCGCGCUGAUGCUCUGGCUCCUGGAUUUUCUCUGCAUCAGGAAGAAGUUGCUGCUGGUGGGCAGCAGGGCGGAGGAGGAAGCCAGCCCUGGCCAGGAGCCGCCACCGGACGAUCCCCCGGUCUGUGUAUCCGACUCCAACCGCAUGUUCACCCUGGAGUCCCUGAAAGCCGUGUGGCACGGGCAGAAGCUGGACUUCUUCAAGUCAGCCCACGUGGGCUCCUCCGCCCCCAACCCCGAAGUCAUCCAGCUGGACGGGCAGAAGCGGCUCAGGAUCCUGGACUACGCCCGAGGCAAGAGACCCCUGAUCCUGAACUUUGGGAGCUGCACCUGACCCCCCUUCAUGGCUCGCCUGAGGUCCUACCAGCGCCUGGCUGCGCACUUCGUGGACAUCGCUGACUUCCUGCUGGUGUACAUCGAAGAGGCUCACCCCUCCGACGGCUGGGUCAGCUCGGACGCAGCCUACCAGAUCCCCAAGCACCAGUGCCUCCAGGACAGGCUGAGGGCGGCUCAGCUGAUGCAGGAAGGGGCGCCUGGCUGCCCCCUGGCAGUGGACACCAUGGACAAUGCUUCCAGCGCCGCCUAUGGCGCCUUCUUUGAAAGGCUCUACAUCAUCCAGGAGGAGGUGGUGAUGUACCAGGGAGGCAGAGGACCAGAGGGCUACAAGAUCUCCGAACUCCGGAGCUGGCUUGACCAGUACAAAACCCGGCUCCAAAGCCCCAGCACGGUGGUCAUCCACGUGUAAAAGGAAACGGCCCCUGUGCUGGGGUGAGGCGGGGGGUGUCCUGCACAGGGGGGGUGGUGGUGGCAGGAGCUGUUCUCCGCUCCUCUCCCUCGGGACUGCAGGCUGCUGUGUGAGUUUCAUGCAAGUGCCAUUGUUGACCCUUCUCUGAUCGAAUCAUGUUGAUUUGCCAGCCCGGCUCGGUUCAUGCUGCAUGUCCUUGUGCAUCUUGUAAAUACCCCUUUUUUGUAACAAACAAAGCGUUCCCUAUUUUUAUGGAGGUUUUUCUAGGGGGUCUGGGUCCGCGUGUGUGUGUGUGCGCGCGUGCUUGUGUGUACGAGUGGUCUCUGCUGAGUGCCCGGAAAACACUAGUUGGAAUUUCUAGUAUCGCUUGGUGACGACCGAUUUUGAAAUGGUUUUCAAAAUACCAGGGAAUCGAGUCCGAUGUUGUUAGAUACUAGAAGUGCCACUAGCCGGGGCAAAACGGAAUGUCCUAUUUAUGGGGUCUCUCUCCUUUUUUUUUGUAAAAUGUUCGUUUUUUUAUGAACUUUUUUAUAGUAAUAAAGAUCUGGAAUAAAUACGCGCCUGCUCUUGGCUCCCUUUAACGGAACUGAUCAGCUAAUGAAACCUCUACCUUGUAACCUCUCCCCGCCCCUCCCCACUCUCCGAGCGGCUGGGGAGCAGGCGAGCGGGAGGAGAUAGCUGGGGCAGAGGUGCAGGGGCUGGGGGCGCGCACCCGCUAUCCCGGGCACUUCGUGGAGCCCUGCCGGCGCUCCGCAGAAAACCUGCCCCGCAGGGUGCCUUGCAGCCUUCCCCGCAGAGAUGUAAAAUGCUGCUGGGCAGAGGAAACCGCUGGGCUACGGCCAUAAAUGGCCAUAGACACUUAAAAAACCCAGACCCGGAGCUAACCCUAAAGAGACUGAGCGUCUCGAUCCCAAACAUGUCCAGCUCCUGGUCCGAGCUCUGUAAAGUUACAAAUCCACCGCUCCCGCUGCGGAGUCCCCAGUCUGACUCCAGAGAUCGCUCUAGCCCUGAGCUUGGGGCUGCCGCGACGGGGUGAGUACAGGCAAUUAAGCCCUUUCUUAGGGGCAGGCGGCAGCUGCUGACGCUGCAAACGUGUCCACCGCGUAGCCCAGAUGUACCCCUGCCUCACAGCUGUGUGCACUGUAGUAACCUGCUGUGCUCCGGCACGUGUCACGUCUCGCAAAGGCUGGGAAGCCGCUUCCCGUUAGCCUACAACUUAAAACAUCUCAGGAAGGCCCCGAUUCAGAGGCGGUAUUUAGGCACCUGCCUAAUUUUAAACAUGAAUAAUCCCCUUGAAGGCAAGGUGGCUACUCACCUGCUUAAACUAAGGCACCUGUUUAAGCACCUCGCUGAA